AUGUCGAUGAUAAGCAAAGUUUCCGGGUACGCCCCGGGAUGGAUGGAGGACUACGGCACCGUGGCCUCCGCGCUCCAUUCCAACUACCAGUCCGUGAGGGGCUUCAGCGUCGGCGAUCUGACCGUCGGUAUGGCGUACCUCUGGGACGACGAGAGGAAUCAGCGCAAGGCUUCCCAGCCCGGCAGCGCGCAUCAGCCCUACCCCGGGGACUGCGGCGCGGUGCACAAGGACGAGGCGGACGACUUUCGAAGGCUGUGCAUCGCCGUCGACGCCUCGUACCUGACGGACAGGAACGAGCUCGCCGCCGCGCUCAAGACGAUCGGGCACGAGAUUCACGACGCCGUCCAGAAGAGCACCUUCCAGGAGCCCGCGUUCUUCAUCAGCGAGUCGCAGGCCAGGAACGAGGUAUUCUUCGUGAUUCGCGGCACGGCGAGCAUGAAGGACGCCCUCACCGACGGCGACUGCGCCGCGGAGGAUCUCAACAGCGCCCUUCCCGAGUUCGCCGGCGUCAAGGCCCACCGCGGGAUGGCCAAAUCCGCCCACGCGCUCCUGGACAAGCACGCGUCCAAGAUUCUCAAGUGCGUCGAGAUGUUCGAGCUGAAGAAGAAGAAGCCGAGGUUCGUGGUGCUCGGACACAGCCUCGGCGCGGGCACGGCCGCGAUCGCCUCCAUACUCCUCAAGGAGAGGCUCAGCAAGACCCCCGUCGAGUGCGUCGCCUUCGCCACCCCGCCCUGCCUCGACGUCAAGGGUUGCGGCGCAUCCGCGCAGCACCUCAGAUCCAUCGUCUGCCACGACGACGUCGUCGUUCGCGCGUCGAGGCAGAACGUCGACGAUCUCUUCAGCAGGAUCCAGGACAUCAACUGGAAGGAGGACUUCUCCAAGGAUGUCAACAAGCUACACACCGUGCAGGCGGCCAAGGCGGCGUCCGUCACGCUCGCGUCGAUGCAGAAGAGCGCCUCUGCCGCGGCGGCUUCCUUCGCCGAGCAGGCCAAGCGGCGGAUGGCGUCCUCCGCCAAAGCCGGCGGGGGUAACAAGAACGUGGAGGCGGCCAAGGCUGCGGCGGGCGCCGCCGCGUCCGUCGCGGCCGCGGGCGCCGCCAAGGCUGCGGCGGGAGCCAGCGCGCUCGCCGGUAAGUUCUCGAGCAUGAUGUCCAAGAAGUCGUCGGACGCGAAGGAUGGGGCGUCCGAACCGGCUUUGUCCGAACCAGCGGAUCUCGUCGACCUCUUCGUGCCCGGGAAGAUCUACCACUUCAGGCGCUCGCCCCGGGGCGCCGGCACGUACGCGUCCGUGAUACGCCACGACGCCCCGACCCUCAAACGCAUCGAGCUCUCCAGCUCCAACGUCGAGGACCACACCCUGGUCGAGUACAAGGAGGCGCUGGACACGUUUUCGUGCCAGAUGAACAACGUCGGGGUGAAGAUGGCGCCCGAGGUUGAGGGCGCGCUGGAGAUUUACGACGGAUACGCGCCGGACUACGGCGUGGGAUCGUGGAAGGAGGCUCCCGGGUGCUUCAUCAUGCCGCACGAGCUGUGCCUGAAGCGUCCGGACAAGGAAGGCGAGCUCAUGCCCCUCAAGACGGAUCUCGGCGGCGGAGGGUACGUCGCGGAAAAGUACGAGUUUAAGAGCAAAGGCCCUUGGGGGAUCAAGAUCGAGGUCAAGAGCGACGAUAAGAAGGCCAAGACGCUCCGACUCUACAUCCCGGGCGGGGAGGCCGAGCACGCCAAGUGGCUGGCCGCCAUUCAGAGGUGCUGCGACGGGGUUUUAGGCACGCCGGCGCCCCCCGACGUCACCGAGAAGGAGGUGGCAAAGCCGAAGAAAUCCUUUGUGUUUGGCGGCCACUCCUUCUUCUGA